AGAAGAGUCUCGAGCAUACUUUCUCACCCUUGAUACGAAUGUCCACGAAACUCUCAGAAAAUUCAGGAGCAACAUGUCACAGGUCCCCACCAUCGAUAUACUGCUCAAUCUCGUUCCCGAGCGACCAGUAGUCGUGCUCGAAAAAUUGCGAGCCCAUCCCGCUCUGGCCCACAAGCAGGAUAUGCAUGGCUAUAGUCUUGUUCACGCAGCUGCAUCUUACGGUCAUUCAGAAUUACUCAAGGCUCUGAUUGAAGACUUUUCCGUCGAUCCUAACAUCAAAGACGAGGAUGGCGAAACGGCCUUGUUUUCUGUCGAGGAUGUGACCAUGGCGAAAGAACUUCUCGAUCUGGGGACUGAUCCGCAGUCACGCAACGAUGAGGGUCAAGUCGCUGCUGAGAAGCUCGCGGACGAUGACGAGCAACCGGCCGUAGCUGCGUUUUUGAGGGACGUGGCAGGCUCUGCAGCGUCUGGCAAUGGUCUGACCCCUCUGCCCAACGGCGAUGCCCACUCAAGUCAUCAUCCCCCGCCUCUACCAAAUGGUCUUGAGCUCAACAUUGGGACCAUGAUGCCGGAGGAAGAAGCCGCAGAUCCGGAGUUCAGGAGACGAAUCGAGGAGCUCGCAGCAAGGAGCGACUUCGAGACAGAGGAAGGUCAGCAAGAACUGCGCAACAUCAUCAUGGAUGCGCUCUCGGGAUCAGCAGGUGGCGAUGCGCAGGGGCCGCCGGCGUCGCGAAGACGGAUUGAUGGAUCUGACCGCACUUGAUAUCAAUUCUUUCAAAUGUGAUCUUCUUUCAAGCACUCGCGCCCGCUGGCUGACUCCACAUCGCUUCCCGGCUUCAACUCUCAGUCUCGACUUAAAGCUAGUUUUUCUUAUCGAUGGUGACCUCUGUCGACCGAGAUGGUAGAGAUAUGCUCGUGUGGUACUCCAUCAUUCUGUGGGACAUUGCCACCAAACAUGGAGAAGAAGUCAACUGAACAGCAAAAAUUGACGACACGCACGGGGAGACACUCGUGGUAGAGUCGACUGAACAGUGAAGAGCUCUGCACUUGAUCGACAACAAAGUCGGAGAUGGGGAGGCCUAGAGCACAGCGUGUCAGUGUGGAGUGGGCAUGAGCUUCAAUCAGUAUAUAGCUAGCCCGUCUCUGACGCUGAAGGAAAACUGCCAGUCGGCAUACUACGCUGGAGCCUCAUCAAAAUGUAAAUUUCGGCUCUAGUUAAGACCACAA